CCUGUCUGGGAGCAUUAAAGUUCCUCCAAAAUCGACCAAUCAACUUGCGCUUUUCUCUCCUUCGUCGCACCCAACUUCCCGUUUAAUCAUUCCUCUCCGCUCUUUGUCGAAUUUUCACUUCCAAGCUUUUGAAAGAGCCUCGUACACCUCUUGCGCACUUUGAGCAGACACACCACCACAAGUGCUUUUGAGGGCGCGACCAUGCAGUUCUCGGCGGUGUCUACAGUCUUACUGGCUGUUAUAGCCUGCGCUGCUCCCGGAAACAGCGGUGUGAUUCAAGACACGGCGGCGAGCGCGAAAACCUAUGACUACAUCAUCGUGGGGGGAGGCACCGCGGGUUCCGCCCUCGCGACGCGACUCAGCCGAGGUCUUCCUCGCGCGCGGAUACUGCUCAUCGAAGCCGGUCCCUCAGCGCUGCAGGAGGACCGAAUCAACAUCCCAGGUAUGAAGGGCUCGACCUUGGGCACCAUUUACGACUGGAACUUUACGACCGUCGCGCCAUCAAACCUCAAAGGGCGUUCACUGCCAGCUAGUCGCGGCAAGGUCCUUGGUGGUAGCUCGGCUCUGAACCUCAUGACAUGGGACCGCUCUGCGGCUGCUGAGUACGAUGGCUGGGAGCAGCUGGGCAAUCCCGGAUGGAACUGGGAUAACAUGAUUGAUGCCAUGGAGAGGGUCGAGACCUUCGCGAGCAUCAACACUCCUGACUAUGGUGAUCAAGGCGUCGGCACCACUGGCCCAAUUCAUACAGUCAUCAAUAGGAUCAUACCGCAGCAGCAACAGCUUUGGUUGAAAGCAAUGGCUGGUCUCGGGAUCCCCAACAAUCGCAACUCUCUAGGCGGUAAUCCUAUUGGCUACAUGAACCAACCAAGCAACAUCAACUCCCACAACUGGACGCGGUCUUAUGCUGCCAACGCCUACAUUCCCCUAGGCGGUGAGAACCUUGAUAUUAUGCUCGAUGGUAGAGUAUCCAAGGUCAACCUGAAACAGCACGGAUCCUUGCAGACCGCAACGGGCGUGACCAUGGCUGACGGAACCGUCAUCAUUGCUCGGAAAGAGGUCAUCCUGUCAGCUGGCUCUUUUCAAAGCCCAGGGCUACUGGAGUUGUCCGGCAUUGGAAGCAAAAAGGUCCUCACUGCCGCGGGGAUCAACCAGACCAUUGAUCUCGAGGGUGUGGGCGAGAACCUCCAGGAUCAUGUUCGCUAUCAGACAUCGUACCAGCUCAAGGAGGGUUUCUCGUCGUUCGACAUCCUCAGGUACAACACCACCUAUGCCGCGGAGCAGCUCGCACUUUGGCGACAGAACAAAGUUUCCCUGUACGACUACACGGGCAGUGGUUACGCGUUUCUCAACUGGGACCAAGUUGUGGACCACACAGAGUCUUCGGCCUUGUGGAACCUCGCCAUGGCCAGCGUUGCCGAAUCACCUUCGGUCGUCGACAAGAAGAAGCUCGAGUAUCUCGCCAAUCCAAGUACCCCUCAGGUCGAGGUCAUCUUCUCUGAUGGAUACACAGGCUUCAAGGGCUACCCAGCCAGAGGAAGUCCAUCCUUUGGGCAGAAUUAUUUCACACUCAUCGGAGUCAUCAUGCAUCCUCUUAGCCGCGGAUCAGUCCAUGUUACGUCAAACGACAUCACCAAAGCGCCGAGCAUCGACCCGAACUACCUUUCUUCGGCCUACGACCUGAGGGCAGCCGUCAACAUUGCGAAAUACUGUCGCAAAGUCGCUACGGCCGCGCCUCUCUCGUCGUCCUGGGACAGCGAGUACGAGCCCAGUAUGGGGGCCGUGAAGACAGAUGACGAGUGGGAACAAUAUGUCCUCAACACAACCCUGUCAAUCUACCACCCUGUAGGAACUUGCGCCAUGCUGCCCCGAAAGGAUGGAGGAGUUGUCAGUCCAGAGCUCAAGGUGUACGGCACCACCAACCUGCGUGUGGUCGACGCUAGCAUCAUGCCCGUGCUUCUGUCGGCACAUAUUCAGACGGCAGUCUAUGGCAUCGCUGAGCGCGCGGCCGCCAUGAUCAUCCGGGAUUCUCACAACUAGUCUCACACCGUUUCUCUUCUUGGACGUCUGGGCAAACAUGCACCUUCUUUGUAUUUCUUCACCGGAGAGAAUCAAAUUUGAUAUGGACAGCUACAUGACUGCUGUCGCAUCAAAAUGCUUGCCAGCAACUAAAGCUUAUGCCACGAUUCCUC